GCUGCAUUUCAGACAGAGGGUUUGUCUUCUGCCACUGAAGAAGGACACUUGUUGCUCUUAUUCUUCGUCCAUGGGUUUGCGGUACUACCAUUCAUCUACUUUAUGUCUUUCUUGUUUCAAGUGCCUUCAACUGCAUAUGUUCGCCUCAGCUUAUUCAAUAUAGUUGCAGGAAUUGCUUGUUUGUUGGCUGUAACUAUUCUGGCGAUUCCCCAACUGGACCUCGUCCAUAUUUCUAAAGCUCUGGAUUGGGCCUUUUCUGCAAUACUACCAAACUACUGUCUUGGUCGUUCAAUCAGUAACCUAUUUCAAAAUGCCAAAUUUAACAAAAUCUGCAAUGUUAAGGACAUCCUGUCCAGCUACUGUCUUGAUGGGUCUUUUAGUAACCUAUUUCCAAAUGUAUCAAUCUGUGAUAUUGCCUCAAGAAUCUGUGAUUCAGUGGACAUUGAAUGCUUUUGUAAUCUUCCCUCAAGUCCUUUUUUUAACAUCAUCAAACCUUGCUGUAAAGGGAAGUGCGGUGAAGUGUGUCUACCUUGGGAGAGGAACUUCUUGUCUUGGAAUAUCCCGGGCAUUGGAAGACUGUUAAUUUUUCUACUCCUUCAAGCUAUCAUCUUCUGGAUUUUAGUUUUUGCUGCUGAAAUUAAUAUUUUUCGGGUGAUAUGGUACAAGAAAAAAAGUUCUUUCGUCACUCCCAUUCAGAGGGAAGAAGAAGACGACGACGAUGAUGUGAGAAAAGAAAGAGAACACAUCAACUCUCUCUUUAUUGAUGACUUAUUUAAAACCAACAUCUUAGUUCUCAAAGACCUCACAAAAUAUUAUGAUAACUUCUUGGCUGUUGACAACCUCUCCGUUGGAAUUCAACGAGGAGAAUGCUUUGGCCUGCUGGGGAUUAAUGGAGCAGGCAAGACGACCACUUUCAAGAUGUUAACAGGCGAUGUGGUCAUUUCUUCGGGAGAUGCUUACAUCGAUGGCUUUAGCGUUAAAAGGAAUGUCAGAAAGAUUCAGCACCAACUAGGCUACUGUCCUCAGUUUGAUGCAUUGAUUGAGCAAAUGACUGGAAGAGAAGUCCUAACGAUGUUUGCUCGCUUAAGAGGAGUCCCGACACACGUCAUCGAGAGGCAGAUUUCAUAUCUCGGCAAAGUGUUAUAUUUUGACACGCAUAUAGACAAGCAGGUGAAGAAUUAUAGUGGUGGAAACAAACGAAAGUUGAGUACAGCAGUUGCACUUGUUGGAAACCCUCCUAUUAUUUUCUUGGAUGAACCAACUACGGGCAUGGAUCCAAUAGCAAGACGGUGCUUGUGGGAUGCACUGGAAAAAGUCCUCAGCUGUGGACAGUCCAUCGUUCUAACAUCUCACAGCAUGGAAGAAUGCGAAGCCCUCUGCAACAGACUGGUUAUCAUGGUAAACGGACAGUUCUGUUGCCUUGGAAGCCCCCAACAUCUUAAAAACAAGUUUGGUCAAGGAUAUAUCCUGAUUGUCAAAGUUGGAUACCACUUUUGGAAGAGAGCUUCUUUGUUAUCAGCUGGAAAUUCACAUCACAAUCCCCUCUUUAGGCCCGUUGUGCGGCAUCAGGACAGCAUUCACAGGCAGGAAGAGGCCGAGACCAGUUUUAAGCGAGACUUGGCAGAAGUAAAGAGUUUCAUCGAGACCACUUUUCCAGGUUGCGUUCUGAAGGAUGCCCAUCAAGGACUACUACAGUACCACAUUCCCGAUAUUAAACUAACUUGGGCCCAGAUCUUUGGAACAAUGGAGCGUGCUAAAGUCCGACUCAACAUAGAAGAUUAUUUAGUAGGCCAGACAACACUGGAACAAGUGUUCCUCACUUUUGCUCGUUCACAGCGUUUCACACGAGAGAACUAAGGUCGGUCUCUUACUUUUAUUUGUUUCUGUUGUAGUUGUUAGUUCACAAACACGAACCCUGCGUGCACUUGCAAAUAUGGUGCAAGUUUAAACAUUCAACUGUGACUUCUAAGUCUAGAUGAGCUUUUAUUUUGCUUCCGUUCGAUAAUUGAAAGGUGCCGUCAGUAAUAACCUUAAAAUAGUGAUCUGUUUUCGGAAAAAACAGGUUCUAGUUAAGGUACUUAAAUCAUCACUUCAGAUUAUCUAAUCAAAAAAUCAGUGUCAAGAAUGUUUUACUUAACCAAUUGCAAAUCUAUUUUUUGAAUACUGUACUAGUGUAGGCCUGUAAUAUUGAAUUCUUUAACCCUUUUGCUGCGUAGUUUGGAUACAUACCUUAAUACCCACCGACCGAGAAAUUCGGAUUUACCCCACGACUACCAAAAAAAGUUUCCAUCUACUGCGACAUGUGGGAAUAUCCCCCUGUACUUGAAACAAUUGCCAAACCCCCUUGCGUGCUGCCAUCUAUGUUCUACACCAUGAAACCUGGAUGUUGCCAACACAUAUAGAAUAUAUAUAAAGACAGCAUCUGUAUAUCUUGGAUAUUGUUAUGUAAAUAAUUUUUUUAUAUUUUGUAAAGAAUUUGGCUUCUUAUUGACUUAGUUUUGCCUAUAUUUAUGUCAUUUACUGGAUCUAAUUUUCUUAAAAUCAUUAUUUUUCACUAUCCAGUACAGUUUUCGAGGAAUAUUACCGUCAGAUAUAGAAAAAGUAAUACAAAGGGUGAAAUGAAUACUUUUAUUUGUUGGAGGAUGUCUGAAAAUUGAUUGGACAGUGAAAGGGUUAAACAAGCUGUCUUGGUUAAGAAAAUUCACGUAGUGCCCAAAUCCGAAUUUCUUGACCUUUUAUACCUUCUAAAGUCAAAAACAAGUCACAUGGUUUUGUUGUAUAAUAGUAAUACAGAUUUUCUAGUUAUAUCAUGUUAACCUAUCGUACAAGAAUUCUAUUUAUCUAUUGAAUCUGUGAUAAAUGAAAACAUAUAUUUAUUGUUGUCCAUCCAGAGUGCUAGUUCAACUUACAAAAAUAUUUGUCUUACUAUCUUCGUCUAAUACUGGUUUUUUUAUGGAUCUCGAAAGACAAGAAUAUAAUUAAGGCUUAAAGAGAUGAGCUUUCUUUACCCUUACUAGGUCACGGCGAAAGUCGAGACCCACUUAUUAACUUUUAGAUUUUAAUAAAUGUACUUUGUUUAAUGGUCCUUUUCUGGAAAGUAAACUUGCAUCAUGUUGAAAUUUGUUUUUGAUGAAACCUCACUGAAUAUUCUGCCAAUGGAUGCCCCCCCCCCAUUUUAUUAACAAAUGUGAUACUGCUACAUUCAUUUCCAAUAUCUGACCUCAAAGUGCAAAUAAACAUGAAGUACUAAACAGUUACUUAAUAGUUACGACCGGCUGUAUAAGAGAAAUUUUUUAUUUCCCUCGUCAGUUGUUAAAUGUACCUUUAGUUUAUUAACUACAAACAACUGUGUUUUAUGUUUUCAUUGCUUGGCUCUAGGUGAAGCAUCCUGACCUAUUACUCUUUAAUCGGUGGUUACAGUAUAAUAGAUUGUUUUGUUUUUUUAAUGUACUGGUCAACCCAGCACAAAACAUCAGAACCUAAAAUCUAAGUUAUUCAAUAACUACACUAAAAAAAAAGGUUAGUUAUAGUAAUAUUUCUAUGGAUUCUUUGUUAUUAUAUUCUGAAUUUCAAGAAUAAAAUUAAGUAAGUAAUGUUUACUAUUUAAUGUGGAAACUAGUCUUAACAUACACAAAGACAGGUAUCGAAUUUUCACUAACCCUUUCGAUGCCUGAUACAUGUGUUUUUGUAGAGUUGUUCAACCUGCUGCUGAACUAUUGUAUUAAUGACACAUACAUAUAUAUAAACUUACGUUUCAUAAAUAUAAUUUCCAGAAUGAGGAAAUAGGGCAAAAUAUGCUUUGGGGGGGGGGGGAUACUACAUAAAAUAAAGUGUGUUUAAAUCUUUUAAUUUGGUGAAUUAUUUGUGCUGUAUUCUAAUAAAAA